UGGAACAGCAGAUAAAUAAUAGAAGCCAGCAACCAGAGCUACAGAGGCUAUAUAGCAACAAAAAGAUAUAGAAGAGAGAUCUGCUGUAGAUAUAGCAAGAGGAUGAAUAGCAAAUACAACAACAGUGUUGCAGCAUUAGUUAAUGGAGGAGACAGUUUCUCUGGUAGCAGCUUACUGUUUGAGCUGGAAGAUGUUUUAUACGGAGGAGAUUCGACGAAAGAAGAAAUAAAUAAUGAAUCUUGCUUUAAUUACUUAAGCACCAGACUAGCUCUUACUGACACUGUAAUAGCUGUAGUAUUCAUAAUAUACCUAAUAUCUUAUGCUGUGAAGACAAUCAGUGCUAAUAAUGGACUGCAAGAAUUAGCUCGAGUCUGUAGUGCAAAGAAGGAAGAGUCUGACAGCAUAAAAACCUUACUGCUAGUAACACUGAGCAUAGUGCUUGGAGUUGAGAUUGGAUACAAGCUAGCAUCGAAAGAAGCCAUAUUCUUUCUGUUCUUCUGUCACUUGAUAACUGCAACACAGAUAUACUUAUUAGCAGCUCCAAUCACUCCAUUCUCAACUGCAGUGCUAAGAUGCAUGAUGCACAUACUCCACUUGGCAUUCUUUGGUAUCAUAUUCAUGGAUGUCAAUGGAAGACAAUUUCAUGGUGAAGUGGCACUCUCCUGGAUACAGCAUGUGCUCAUAUUUGCUGUAGUCCCACCAUAUCUUGUAUACCACAGAGGAGGUACCAAGGCAUUAGAAUCAUUAACUGAUUUCAGUUGGUCAAGUCUCUCAGGAGCAGUAUUUCUCAUACUGUGCUACUUUGUACAUCAACCUGUUUCUAUGAUCACAAGGGUCAAUAUAAACUUCCUCCUCUGCCCUAUAUCACCUUAUCCUUUUGAAGGACCCUAUUACAGACUAGCUGCUGUGUUUCAUCAAACAUUACUAAUACAGCUACUAGGGAAGCUGUAUAGAAUAGCAUUAGAAAUAUGUUUACCGAAAAACAUCAGCAAGAUUAACUGAUUAUAGAUCACUGUAAUUGUAUUAUGUACCAUACAUUGUAAACCAUUACAUCAUUAUCGAAUCAUUUAUUUAUUUAUAUUCAGAAAACUAUUGCACAAUCGCUGAACAAGCUA